AUGGACGUGGACCCGCUAGGAUUGCACCCGCCGAUACCGUCGCACUCGACUCUGAGCCUCCGCGGUCCUCCGAGGAGGGACUUGUCGACGAGGAGUCAGAGGUCGCGGGUUGGCACAGGAGUGGGAGUGAGAGACGCGAAGUCGAGACGGUCGCCGCCAUACGCUAAAAAUGCCGACAAGCCCGUGCCAACCGAGGCGCGCUUGUCGCCCAUCAACAAUACUUCGAAGCCAUUGCUACCCGCGAGCGAGAGAAGGCCUGCAGGGCAAAAUGUACAUAAGGCCAAGAUGGAUGCGCGUAGCGACAAAUGGAACAUAACGCCAGAUGGGGGUUCCGCGGGUCGAGGGGGGAGGCAUUUCACUGUUGCGAACGUAGGCAACAAUGGUCAGAUAUUCUUGAGGCCAACUGUGCGCCCAGCUAACCAAAGAUAUCCGCAACCGCAAUUCGCAUUUCCCCUCACACCGCCGAGUACUGCGGGAUUAGAUGCCUUACGGCACGAUAGUGGGAAAGGAGACGAUACAAGCGAGCUACAGGGCAGUUUAUGGACCCCAACACCUCUUACGGACUCCUCUUCGCCGGGCAUGAUAAGGAAAAAGGCCUAUUUCGACCUACGGACACCUCUCAAGACAUCUCUCAAGCGGCAUCGACGGGCCAUGUCAGACUCGACGAUUCAGGAUGCCACCAUAGCCCAUGAGGAGGACACCGGGGGUUUCAAAGUGGUUAUUUCGAAGCCGCAGGAGGAACCGAAAUCGAGGACGACCGAAGACAUUGACCCCGAUGGGAAUCCUCUCAUGCAAGUCUCGAUCCCUUCGUGGAAGCUGGGUACUCCAAGAUUCACCUUGGGAGGAACGCCUCUCAUUCGAGGCUCAUCAUACGCCCCGAGUGAGGACAUUCGAUCAAGCAAAAUCUCCUUUGCCCAGGGGCCUCAACGCGACAGAAACUCGCUCCACCCGGGUUCAUUGAGCCCGCAAAUCACAAGCCGGCGUCCCCCUCAUAUGGAGCUUGCUUCAGCGAGCUUGCUCAGUCCCGCGACCAUUUCCUCGCCACUGUUGCCUAUGCAGAUGUGCUCGAUGUACGUGUCAACACACUUGGUAAUAGAGCCGGCCAUGUUCGAUGCGCUCACCUUCAAGCCUGCAUGCGACGACAGAUCGGUCGUCCGAUAUUCGUCCAAUACGAACGCAGUGACUGCGGCUACACCACCUCGGCUGGUUGCUGAGAUCACAUCGCCCAGCUUUCUCGAUUACGAGCUGAUCUCUGACUUUUUCCUCACCUUUCGCUCAUUCCUCGAGACGCCGGAUCUGCUCCGCAUGCUGAUCGCCAGGCUUCGAUGGGCCCUGUCCCGGGGCGACGAGACAGGGAUGAUAGUCAAAGUUCGAACGUUUGUGGCUAUAAGGCAUUGGAUUCUGAAUUACUUCGUGGAUGAUUUCGUGGUCGACUAUCAUCUCCGCGUCACAUUUUGCAACCUCCUCAACGACUUCGUCGACGAACUCUCUUCCGAGCAACGUGGACGCAAGGUUCAACUCAAAAUACUAGGGGAGCUCAAGAAGUGUUGGAGGCGUGUAUGUGCAAAUUUCUGGGAUGGACCCGAGUUCGAAUCGUCAUUGGGCCCCGAGAUACCCAUCGCGCCAGGUGGCAUCGCUGGGCACCGAGACCCGAGCCUAGAUCCCAGUUUCUGGGAGACGGAGUCGGAAGAACCGCCACAGCUCUAUGGUGUCCAUCUGCCCGACGGGGACUUUCAAGCCGAUGCAAGUUUCUACGCCGAUGUGUCCAAAGCAGGCCACAUCGACUCGAUCCUGCUUGGCGGGGUGCGCCCAGCAACGCCGGAGGCACAACCCACACAUCUAGAAAGGCAACAGACCUCACCAAUUAGUAUAGCCAGUCUUGAUGUUGCGUCGUGUUCAUUUCCAAUCAAGGGACUACGAAUGGCCGACCCGAACGCAAGCACGCCGCUGGGAGCGCAUCCUGCCGAUCCAAGUUCCAUUUACACAAAUACUGAUCCUGUCGCCUCAACUCCGCGUGCUUUGACCGGGAAAAGGGUGCGACCACAUACAUCGCAUAAGCGAAACAACAGCCUCACGGAUUCACUACAUGGAACGACAACAGAGAAGGUGCUGUACAAGAAUGCAGAGUUCUUGCUGACUCUCCCAUAUGCUGGCAGCUUAGUACGGGGCAAUCUUCUACCCCCUGGGCAAGCUUACGUCGAGAUGGACAGCUCAGUGGGCACGGGAGCUAGCCGGCAAACCACAAUCUUCCAACCACCACCUGCGAUCCAGCCCAAGAUGAAGGCCUCUGCAUCGGCCAUGUCGGGCCAGGGCAUGAGAAAACUCAUCGGCAGUGUUCGCAGAGCUCUGAGCACCCGAGGUCAAAUCGUCUCACCAAUCCAAGGUAGCUUCAUCGAUAUCGCACCUAUAGGACCCCGAGGUGCCACGAUAAAUAGGCUUCCAGGCACAGCGAUUGUGCCACAGGCACGCCCGCCCCGGCCCAACGGCACCAGGCAGCUUCUGCGUGUCGACGUACUUGGAGCUAAAGUCGCAGAGGACUUCAAGAAGGCUGUUCGAGAGGAUGCGGCUGAGGAGACAUCGGAUGUUACAGCUACUAAGGGUCCCACUAGGGACGUUGAUUACUCAGCUGCCCAUCUGGAUUCAGCCUAUGAACUUCGACCGCUCAGCGACGCUGCGAUUACCACUGGGAGCAAAUCGAUCGUUAUUGUCGAUGGAACUUUGCCCGCUGACAACUCAGCUAUGAGCGGCGGCCUAGCGGCAUUGAAUCCUUCCGUCGAAGCGUUUGCCGAGAGCAUGGACCCAACUGGCGCGAACCCAACGCCUCCGAUCACGCCUCCGGGUCAGGCCGUCCGAGGCAACACCCCUAGGAGGUCUUCGUUCAUCCUCAGUCAGCAUGUGUUCCAUUCUUCCCUGAGUGAAAAUCCUCUCCCACCUUUCGUUCCCGAUAUGACUACGCUGGAUGCCGAUCAUCUGUCUGAGUAUAGCCAAUCCGAUCCUCGUCCGUCGGUAGACGUAGUCGGACAAUCACCAAACAGGCCGCCGCUCAGUUACAUGAGACGACACAAGAGACAGCAGUCAAGUCGCAGCUACCGGUCCAGAGGUUCAAUGGCCCAUCGCCGGUGGGCAUCUAUCCAUAGUGGCCUGGCACCGCGAUCAACAGUCCGGAGCUUUGAUGCUACAACAUAUUCAGAGGGCUCGAUUAGGUCAGAAGUCAUGCCUCCUCCGCUGAGAGUUCUUCGUAGAAGACCAGGAGGGGACUUGAAGGGCGCGACGAAGGUGACUGAUCUGGAUGCUCUGCCGCUGCACAGGUCGCGGUCUGUUGGCUCACUGACAACGUACUCGGAAUCCCUGCGUAGUUCGUAUCUGCGCAGUCCGGUACGAGACUCGAGCGGCUACGUUGACGUCGUUAGCAGCGACUACUCCCAAAACCGUGGUGAGGUUUUCUCUUUGGGAGCUAUGGCAGAACAGGCUCCGAAACAGCAAGUCUCCCUUUUCAGCACCCAUUCGUCAAAGCCUAUUAUGCGACCAUCAUUCGAGGCCGAGGCGCAGAAGCUCGCGCAAAUUCCCGAUGACAUCGAUGACGAUGGGGGAGUCGAGUCCGCACUACUGAAACUGGAGGGCAAAUACGAGAGGAAAAUGGCAAAACUCUCCAUGGAGCCCCUGAAAAUACCUGCCAAGGCUCUCCAGGAUCUUCGAGCGGAAGCCAGCCUGGCACCAGGGGCUAAAGAUGAGAAACGCAAACAUCGUCUGCAGCAUGUUGACGGUGAGGAACUACCAAUCAUCUCUCCCAUUGACGAGGACGAGGACGCGGAGACGGAUUCGGAUGGCAAAUUGCAGGUUCCGCGGCACUCGGAAGUGAGCUCGUACUUGUCAGAAGAGUCGAGGGAAACCUACAAUUCGAUCCCGCUACUCGAUCGAGAGCUGACGGACGAGGGGCGUAGCAGGGUCGAUGCUCGGGAAUGGACGAACCAGUCGAUACUCGAAGGUCCAGAUACGCCCUUGGAAGAGAUGGGGGGCGCAAUCGCUAGCUCGUCGCUGAACCCUUCCUUUGAGUUCGUCACCAAGACGAAGAGCAUGGAGAAACUCGAGUCAGGACGCACUAUGGCAAAGUCCACCGGAGACCACUCAUUUUUGGAUGUGGGAAGCGACAACGAUUCUGACCUGUCGUCUGAAAUGUCAGCGGAGGUGAUCGAGCAAGGCGAAUACCUGCCGCAACGACCUUUUUCGCCAAACAGUCCCAGCUCUGACCGUACCGGAUCCAUAUCUCAUACCCAUAACGGGGUGCAGCAAAGGCCGGAGAGCGGCAACCCGUCUCCCCAAUUAACAUUCGAGCAGGCUCUUCAGAUGUUGCCUGACACAAUUAGCAUCCCCGAGUUGCACGAACACCAGCUCUGGUCGCAAAAGCCUCUGCCGCCGACUCCGGAUACGGCACCAGUCAACGCCAUGUACCACCAGGCUCUCGAGUCCCCCGAAGAUCCCACUGGUACACAGGAAGCACUUCGAGGUGCACCCAAAUUCUCGGAGGAUGCAGACCACAAAUCGGCCAUGCAUCUGCCCUUCAUAUUAGCAUUUGACUCAGAAAUUCUCUCCCAGCAAUUCACUUUGAUUGAGAAGGAUGCUCUCAACGAAGUCGACUGGAAAGAACUGAUUGAUAUGAGGUGGAAGAACUCGAACAACGACUCCCGCUCGUGGGUUGACUUUCUCCGCAACACCGAUGCUCGCGGUGUCGAAGUCGUCAUUGCACGUUUCAACAUCAUGGUCAAAUGGGCCAUCUCGGAAAUCGUGCUCACCCAGAAUCUAGAGGAGCGUGCUCGCUGCAUCAUCAAAUACCUCCACAUUGCGGCACAUUGCAGGAGAUUUCGAAAUUUCGCCACCAUGAGCCAGAUCGCCAUUGCUCUGACAUCGAAUGAGGUAGCGCGAUUGACAAGGACGUGGGCCAUGAUCCCGUCUUCUGACCUGAAGACUAUGCAUGAUCUCGAAGCUCUGGUCUCCCCAACAAAGAACUUCUACAAUCUUCGAGCGGAGAUGGAAGGCGGUGGUAUCACGACCGACUCCGGCUGCAUUCCGUUCGUCGGCAUCUACACACAUGACCUCCUAUUCAACUCGCAACGACCGUCCGAGAUUGCGAGCUCACCAACCACAGCACCCCUGGUCAACUUCGAGCGCUGUCGCAUCGCCGCUUCUGUGGUAAAGACGCUGCUAAGACUACUAGAGGCCAGUACCCACUAUCAGUUUCAACCCAUCGAGGGUAUCACCGAGCGUUGCCUUUGGAUGGGUGCACUCAGUGAUGACGAGAUUCGAAGACAUUCCGAAAGCUUGGAGUGA